AUGCCGCCACCACUACCACCACCAGCAUCGAUGGCAACACGUAAACGUACUCGAUCAACAAAUGUUGCCGAAAACAAUGUUGAUCAUCAACAAGUAACAGCAGUAGCAGCAGCAUCAACAGCAAUGACAUCAUCAAUUAAUAUGUCAUCUAUGCCACCAAAUACAAAUGUUGUUAAUGCUCCACCUAAACGACAACGUAAUAAUCCACCAUCAACAGGACCACCUCCACCUAUUGCUCCACGUACAAAUUAUUUACUUCGAAAUCGUUCUUUAACACCUGAUCCUCGUCAUCCAUUAACACGAUUUCCAUCUCUGAAUACGACAGCAACAACAAAUCGACAACGAUAUAAUUUACGUCAACGUCAUGCACAAUCACAAAUUCGUUUACCUCAAGUUCCAACACCACAUCCAACUGUAGCACCACGUCGUAUUCGUCGUCCAAUACCACCAGCAGCUCAAACAUUACUAUCAUCAUCGUCUACAAAUAUUACUCAACCUUUAUCUUUACCUAUUGUACCUCCUACUCUUCCUCCACCGCUACCACCACCUCCAAUUCCUAUUCUUCCAAUGAAUCCACCUAGUGCACUUUCAACACCACCUGUUAUACAACCACGACAAUAUCGUCUUGUUUAUUUAUCUGAUGAGGAUGAUGAUCCAUCCAUAACAGCACAACCAACAGCAACUCUUGUUAAUACAACACUAAAUUUAAUAACAGAUGAUGAAGGUGAUGAAUCUUUAAGAGCACAAGGUGCUCGUCGUCGAACAUCAAGAACAACAUCAAAUACUGGUUUUAAUACACGUUCACGUACUGCUGUAACAAUUCCAUCGAGUGCAUCAUCAUCCUCCUCAUCAAGUUCAACAUCAACUAUAAAUACUCAAGAAUUUAUUAGUGGUGUUGCACAUGUACGCUUAAAUCGUGCGAUUGAAAUUGUUAUUGAUUCAAUUCAAUCACUCGAAGGUGCUGUAAAUAAUUUUGAUCAACUUGUAUUUGGUCUUAUUUAUGGUCGUUUGGGUACACGAACUGAAUUUGAAAGUAUUGAGGGUAUGAUCCGUUUGUCACGUAUACUUAAUCUUAAUGUACCACCAUCACGAUUAACUCAAGCUGAAAUAGAUGAAUUACCAAAAAUAAUUUUUGUAAAUAAAACAGGUCCAACAUCAUCAAUUCAUUUAGUUGAAAAAUGUCCAAUAUGUUUAAGUGAAUUUGAUGAUCAAGAAACAAUUAAUAAACUACAUUGUACACAUUUAUUUCAUUUACAAUGCAUUUCAACAUGGCUUAGUGAAAAUGAUUCAUGUCCUACAUGUCGUCGUAAAGUAAUGGGAAAUUGA